AUGGCGGAAGAACACAUCAUAUCCAGUCCGUUAUCCAAUGUUUUUAUACCUUCACACUUAAACAUCUAUCAGUUUUUCUGCGAAAACUUCGAUCAAUAUGGUGAUAAACCGGCAAUUACUGAUGCCCAUUCCGGUCUAACUCUUACAUACAAAAUGCUAAAACAACAAAUUCGACAAUGUGGCUCUGCUCUCAGGCGUGCUGGAUUUAAAAAGGGCGAUAUCUUUGCCAUUUAUAGUCCAAAUCAUCCUCAGUAUCCGGUCCUAAUUUUUGCAGUGGCAGCUAUUGGUGGCAUUGUAUCAACAAUUAAUCCUUUAUUUACUGCAGAAGAGGUCAUACAGCAAAUGAAAUUAUCCUCUGCGAAAUAUCUAUUAGCUCAUUCAUCAAAUGCGGCUAAUGCAAUCAAAGUGGACAAAACACUAAAUUUACGUGGACUGUAUGUAUUCGGUGAAGAGAAAGGAGUAACCUCAUUUGAUACAUUAAUUCAAGAUGAUGGAGCGUUCUUCAAGCCUGAUGCAACUAUUGAUCCAAUCAAUGACGUUGUUAUGCUUCCUUAUUCAAGUGGUACGACUGGAAUUCCGAAAGGUAGUGUUAUGUUGACACACUACAACUUGAUUGCCAAUUUCGCGCAACUAAUUCAUCCAGAUGUCAAAGUUUUCGAUAGUGAUGCUCCAGUUUUGGCUUUAUUGCCAUUCUUUCAUAUCUACGGGUUAGUAGUUAUAUUGCUCGCCGGAUUGAGAGUGGGGGCACAUUUAAUAAGCUACUUAAGAUUUGAACCCGAAGUUUUUUUGCAAUCGAUCGAGAAAUAUAAGAUCAAAUAUGCUCCUCUUGUACCGCCGUUGUAUGUAUUCUUGGCAAAAACGCCACUGGUAGAGAAGUACGAUUUGUCAAGCUUGCAGGAAACGAUGUGUGGAGCUGCCCCACUUGAUUAUGACCUUAGCCAGACUGUUAGAAAGCGCGUUGGGUUAUCUCUAGUUCGACAGGUCUAUGGGAUGACUGAACUUAGUCCUCUUUCGCACAUGGGUAAAAGAUCCGACAAGGACAAAUUAGGAGCGAUUGGUAUUGUUGUUCCUAAUACGAAAGCCAAGGUUGUUGAUAUUGAAACUGGAAGAUCAUUACCAGAACAUCAACGCGGAGAACUAUGUAUUCGUGGUCCCCAAGUGAUGAAAGGUUAUUUGCGAAAUAAAGAAGCUACAGAUAGGACUAUUGAUAAGGACGGUUGGUUACAUACUGGAGACAUUGCAUAUUAUGAUAAGGAUGGCUACUUUUAUGUUGUCGAUCGAUUGAAAGAGCUAAUCAAAUAUAAAGGCCAUCAGGUAGCACCAGCUGAGCUAGAAGCAUUAUUGUUAACAAAUCCUAAAGUAGCUGAUGUUGCUGUUAUUGGUCGGCCAGAUGACGAUGCUGGAGAAUUGCCGAUGGCUUUUAUUGUUAGAAGUGGUGAAAUAACCAAACAGGAAAUUAUCGACUUUGUUAAAGAUAACGUCAAUCCGCAAAAGUACUUGCGAGGUGGAGUAGAGUUUCUAGAUAUCAUUCCUAAAUCGGCAAGUGGUAAAAUCUUACGAAAUCAGCUGAGAAAGCGCAUUAAGGAGUCAACGAGCCUACACAGUAAAUUGUAA